CCCCGUCCCGGCUGACCCCUGCGCAUCAUGACUUCACCUCUCUCGGCGCUCUAUUUUGGUCCCAUGUGUCAACCCGUGUUCCCAAACCUCCGGGCACAGCUUCGCCAUCGCCGCCUUUGUUAGUCUACCGUUCGUGGAAGGAUAAGGACAGGAAACCGAGUCACAGACCCGUCUAUUUUCUCUACUUUCCGCAUCGUACUACUACGUUUCUGACUGGGAUUUCUACUACAGUGCCGUACUACUGCGGAGGUUGUACCAUGGCGUUGGAAGGGUGCAUGCGGUGUCUGAAGUAUCUCAUGUUCAUAUUCAACUUUCUCUUCUGGUUACUUGGCUGUGCGAUUCUGGGAGUUGCGAUAUGGCUGCGGGUGGACCAGAGAACGACACAGUACGUGGACACAGGGGAGAACCUGUCGUCCUACUACAUCGGAACGUACGUCCUGAUGGCCGUGGGGGGCAUCAUGAUGCUGGUGGGCUUCCUGGGCUGCUGCGGUGCCAUCUACGAGUCACAGUGCAUGCUCUGCACGUUCUUCAUCUUCUUGUUGCUGAUCUUUGCUGCAGAAAUUGGAGGAGGAAUCUGGGCCUUCUUACACCAAGAUGAUCUGACAGAAUUCAUCAAGUCAGAUUUUGAGGACAUAGUGAAGAGCAAGUAUGGAGUCGACCAACACGCCUCAAAAAGUUGGGAUGGGGUUCAAGAAUCGCUGAUGUGCUGUGGUGCCGCAGAUAAGAGCGACUGGGCGCAGAGUGCGUGGGGAAACCAGCAGAAGAACUGGGGCAGCGUGCCACAGUCCUGCUGCGAAACCCCCGGGCCCGGCUGUGGCAGCGGCGGGAUCGUGCUCAUACAGCAGAUCCACCAAAAGGGCUGUACAGACAAGCUGAUUGAAUUCUUCCACAAGAACCUCAUGAUCAUCGGAUGUGUGGGCAUCGCCAUCGGAGUCAUUCAGCUGCUGGGAAUGACCUUUGCCCUGUGCCUGUGCUGUUCGAUCAGGAGGAACAGGAACAAGCACUACCACGCGUGAAGACUGUCUCCAGCACAAUAAUACAGCCUUUAACACAAACCCUGCAAGACUGGGAUGGGGACUCAAAAUGGACGUUGACUAAUCUCAAAAACAUCUGCUUGGAAACAUUCAAUAGUUUGCACAUUUUAUGUGGUGAAAUUCACAGAAUUUUGUUUUUACUCUAAGCGUGUCGUAGCCUCA